CGGUUCCGUCCCGGACGGACGCGCAAAGCCCGGGAGGCUCUAAGUGGGAGGGCACUCAGGCCCUGCCGGCGGCGUCCUGUCCGGCGGCGCUAGGACCCUGUAGGGAGCGUAGGGGGCGGAGCCGGCGGCACCAGGACCCGGGGGAACCGCGGCGGACGGGCUACGAGCAGGCCCGGGUGCCGGGGGGCUGCGGGCGGCGGCGCUGGGCCCGGCGCGGCGGGAGAGGCCCCGAGAUGCCGAGCAAGAAGAAGAAGUACAACGCGCGGUUCCCGCCGGCACGAAUCAAGAAGAUCAUGCAGACGGAUGAAGAGAUUGGGAAGGUGGCGGCGGCCGUGCCUGUCAUCAUCUCUCGGGCGCUCGAGCUUUUCUUGGAGUCACUGUUGAAGAAAGCCUGCCAAGUGACCCAGUCCCGAAACGCCAAGACCAUGACUACAUCCCACCUGAAGCAGUGCAUUGAGCUGGAGCAACAGUUUGACUUCUUGAAGGACCUGGUGGCAUCUGUGCCUGACAUGCAGGGGGAUGGAGAAGACAACCACAUGGAUGGGGACAAGGGUCCCCGCAGGGGCCGGAAGCCUGGCAGCAGUGGCCGGAAGAACGGUGGGAUGGGAAGCAAAGGCAAGGACAAGAAGCUGUCAGGGACGGACUCAGAGCAGGAGGAUGAAUCUGAGGAUACAGACAGUGACGGAGAAGAGGAGACACCACAGGUCCCACCCCAGGCCAGCCACCCCCCUGCCCACUUUCAGAGACGGCAGAAGUGCAGGCUGAAGUGGCUGAAGGGAUGGGAGAAGACAACUAAUGGAGUGAGGUGGGGUUGCCUGAGGCCAGCCCCAGUCCAAGAGGGGAAAAGAAAUGGAACAAGGGCUAACACUUGUGCGCCCACUCCAGUAAUCGGAAAGCGACAAGGGAAAACAAGAUCUCACACAAGACCCAUCAGAUUGGCAAGAACAGAAAGUCAAAAGGAAAUUCCCUGGCAGUCCAGUGGUUAGGACUGCACACUCCCA